AUGACGACUAAAAUAAAUCUUAUCGCGAACCCGCACUACCAGAAGUCGGGCACGAAGUCGUACUUGCACGCUAUGCGCAAGUAUCGCUUCAACCCAACGAAGGGUGGCCCGUAUUUCCUUGGGACGACGAUGGUACAGACCGGCCGACAAUUUACAAAUAAGCCUGUAGGAGGUCGUGCUCGAUUGCAACAGGUGCUGCAGAAGAAGAGCGCCGUCAGCGAUGAGGUUGGGCAAGUAGAUGCCCACGAUGUGCAAAAUGAUUCGAUGUAUCUUGCAGAAGUCAGUAUCGGCACGCCUGAACAGAAGCUCAAACUAGACUUUGAUACUGGGUCUGCAGAUCUGUGGGUCUGGUCCACGGAGUUAUCAUCGAAGAGUUUGUCCGAGAACAAACACCAUACAAUCUUCGAUCCGACCAAGUCGAGCACAUUCAAAGAGAAAGAUGGCUCUACGUGGCAGAUUAAGUACGGUGAUGGCUCCUUUGCCUCUGGCACGGUCGGCAACGAUAAUGUCAACAUCGGUGGGCUGGUGGUCCGAGACCAGGCUAUCGAGGUCGCUGAUAUGUUGUCCGCACAGUUUGCACAAGGUGCUGGGGAUGGGCUUCUGGGACUUGCGUUUGGUAAUAUCAAUACUGUUCAGCCCCAGGCCGUGAGCACGCCUGUGGAGAAUAUGAUCUCGCAAUCCGACAUCCCGAAGUCAGCUGAGCUCUUCACUGCAAAAUUAGGAUCAUGGCGAGAUUUGAAUGAGCCGGAUAAGGGCGAGUCAUUCUAUACUUUUGGUUAUAUUGAUCAGGACACUGUGAAAGCCGCCGAGGAGGAGGUCUACUACACACCUGUCGAUAACAGUCAGGGGUUUUGGAUGUUCGAUUCGGCCUCGGCGACUGUGAAUGGGAAGUUGGUUUCUCGGACUGGAAACAAGGCUAUUGCUGAUACGGGGACUACUUUGGCGCUGGUGGAUGAUGCAACUUGUCAGGCCAUUUAUGAUACUAUCCCCGGGGCAGAGUAUGACAACGAUAGCCAGGGAUGGAUCUAUCCCUCCAACACACCGGCUGAUAAGUUGCCUGUUAUAUCUUUUGCUCUUGGGGACAAGCAGUUUGUUGUCCAGAAGGAAGAUCUAGGAUUUGCCGAGGCUAAGUCUGGUUAUGUCUAUGGAGGCAUCCAAAGUCGUGGUACUAUGACCAUGGACAUUCUAGGUGAUACCUUUUUGAAAGCUAUUUAUGCAGUCUUCGAUGUCGGCAAUCUUCGCUUUGGUGCUGUGCAGCGAAAGGAGCUGCAUCAAAAUCUCUCUGUGCCUUCUGAGUCCAGCUAA